AUGAAUGCUUCAAAAGGAACGAUUCUUAGCCAAGGUCUUUUGAAAUUUCAGAACAUGAUUGACGCACCCCACAUGCAAAAAAUCCAGAGAGCAAGUGGUGAAAAUCUCUCUGUGGUGUGUUAUGCAUCAAAGUGUGGUACUAGUGAGAAGCAACUGAAAUUAUUAGGUUCUUACUUCGGAAAACUCCGAGUUGAUGUAAGUCAGCCCUCUUCAAAUUCUUGUAACAAGAGGACCGAAUUAGCAGGCAAAAGUGCGAAUAAGGAGAGUUGGGCUGCUGGAGGUCGGCGGCAAGGAGUGGCAGCAGCAAGGUUUUUGGGUGAAGGAAAAAAAAAGGUGGCUGUUUGUGGGUUUUGGGAUUUUUCAAUUGGGUUUGAGAAUGAUUGA